AUGGACCCCCCCGCGGCCAAGCGGAGCCGGGGCUCCCCCGCGGGACCGGAGGAGCGAGAUGCCGGGGCCGGGGCAGCGCGCGGCCGGGGCCGACCCGAGGCGCUACUGGACCUCAGCGCCAAGCGAGUAGCCGAGAGCUGGGCCUUCGAACAGGUGGAGGAGCGCUUCUCCCGGGUACCGGAGCCGGUCCAGAAGCGCAUCGUCUUCUGGUCGUUUCCACGCAGCGAGCGGGAAAUAUGCAUGUACUCCUCGCUGGGCUACCAGCCCCCGGAGGGCGAGCAGGACGCCCGGGUGCCCUUCACCCGCGGGCUGCACCUGCUGCAGAGCGGGGCUGUCGACCGGGUGCUGCAAGUAGGAUUCCACCUGAGCGGGAACGUCAGAGAGCCCGCGGCCCCCGGGGAGCCGGAGCACCUCUACCACGUCUCCAUCAGCUUCGACCGCUGCAAGAUCACGUCUGUGAGCUGCGGCUGUGACAACCGAGACCUCUUCUACUGCGCCCACGUGGUGGCCCUGUCCCUGUACCGCAUCCGGCACGCGCGCCAGGUGGAGCUGCGGCUGCCCAUCUCCGAGACGCUGUCCCAGAUGAACCGGGACCAGCUGCAGAAGUUCGUGCAGUACCUCAUCAGCGCCCACCACACCGAAGUGCUGCCCACCGCCCAGCGCCUGGCGGACGAAAUCCUGCUGCUGGGCUCCGAGAUCAACCUGGUGCACGGUGCCCCCGACCCCACAGCAGGUGCAGGCAUCGAGGACGCCAACUGCUGGCACCUGGAUGAGGAGCAGAUCCAGGAGCAGGUGAAGCAGCUGCUGUCCAACGGCGGCUACUACGGGGCCAGCCAGCAGCUGCGCUCCAUGUUCAGCAAGGUGCGGGAGAUGCUGCGGAUGCGGGACUCCAACGGGGCGCGCAUGCUCAUCCUCAUGACGGAGCAGUUCCUGCAAGACCCCCGCCUGGCCCUGUGGCGGCAGCAGGGCGCGGGCAUGACGGACAAGUGCCGGCAGCUGUGGGACGAGCUGGGGGCCCUCUGGGUCUGUGUCAUCCUGAGCCCCCACUGCAAACCAGAGGAGCGGGCGGGCUGGCUCCAGCUGCUUGGCACAUGGGACAAGCUGGACGUGUGCCCACUGGAAGAGGGCAACUACUCCUUCGAUGGCCCCAGCCUGCAGCCCACCAUGGCUCCCAGCCCAGGCUCUGAGGAACAGGAAGAGGGGGAGGUGGCGGCCACAGGUUCCCGCCACACGGUAUUUGGCCGAGCCCUGCAGGCUGGAGACCUGCACUGGGAAGACUCUCACCUGCAGCGGAUCCUGGCCGGUGACUCCUACAGCCCCAGCCUCACAGGCACCAUGGGCAGUGACAAGUCCGCCUUCGACCCUCAGGGCCGCCCACUCUGGCUGGGCGAGCCCUUUCCAACUGCUUGCGCCCGAGUGGACACCCUGCGUGCCCAUGGGUAUCCCCGCCAGGCCCUGCGGCUGGCCGGUGCCAUAAUCAACACGCUGCGGCUCCAGCGGCGGCAUCAGCUUGAGAGCUACAAGCAGCAGAAAAAAGAGUUGCUCCAGAAAGGCGCCACCUGCAUCACCAACCCCGAAGGCUGGGUGGGCCACCCCCUGGACCCCAUUGGCUGCCUCUGCAGGGCGCUCCUGGAGGCCUGUCGCCUGGAGGAGGAGACCCUCUCCCUUUACCCAGACUCAGGACCCGAGAAGCGGAAGGUGGCCUACCAGCACGUACCAGUGCCCGGGAGCCCUGGGGAGUCCUACCUGGCGCUGGCACUAGAGGUGGCACUGCUGGGGCUGGGACAGCAGCGGGCCCUGCCCGAGGGGUUGUACGCCCAGGACAAGGUGGUGCGCAACGAGGAGCAGCUGCUGGCGCUGCUGGAGGAGGUGGAUCUGGACGAGCGGCUGGUGCAGGUGCUGCGCAAGCAGGCGGGGCUGCUGCUGGAAGGAGGUCCCUUCAGUGGCUUUGGAGAAGUACUUUUCCGGGAAAGCGUGCCAAUGCACACCUGUGCCCGCUACCUGUUCACUGCGCUGCUGCCCCAUGACCCCGACCUGGCCUAUCGCCUGGCACUGCGAGCCAUGAGGCUGCCCGUGCUGGAGACGGCGCUUCCAGUUGGAGAACCCCAUCCCACCCCGCUGGACUCCAUCCCGAGCAACCGCUUCCCCCGCUGGUUCAUCCUGGGCCACCUGGAGACCCGCCAGUGUGAACUGGCCUCCGCCAUGCUGACCGCAGCCAAGGGAGACCCCAAGUGGCUGCACGUUGUCCUGGGCUCCAUCCAGCAGAACAUUCACUCGCCCGCUCUGCUCUUCAAGCUGGCGCAGGACGCCUGUAAGACGGCCACCCCGGCCGGCGCGCCACCGGACAGCACGCUGCUCGGCAUCGCGCUGGAACUGGGCCUGCAGGUGAUGCGCAUGACUCUGAACACCAUGACCUGGCGGCGGAGGGAGAUGGUUCGCUGGCUGGUCAGCUGCGCCACAGAGAUUGGCCCUCAGGCGCUGAUGAACAUCAUGCAAAACUGGUACUCCUUAUUUACCCCGGUGGAGGCGGCCACCAUCGUGGCGGUGACCGGCACCACGCACGCCACCCUCAUGCGGCUGCAGCUGGACACAGCCCGGCGGGAGGAGCUCUGGGCCUGCGCGCGCACCCUGGCCCUGCAGUGCGCCAUGAAGGACCCGCAGAACUGCGCGCUGCCCGCCCUCACCCUGUGCGAGAAGAACCACGCGGCCUUCGAGGCGGCCUACCAGAUCGUGUUGGACGCGGCGGCCGGCGGUCUGGGCCACGCGCACCUCUUCACAGUGGCCCGCUACAUGGAGCACCGUGGCCUGCCUCUGCGCGCCUACAAGCUGGCGACGCUGGCCCUGGCGCAGCUCAGCAUCGCCUUCAACCAGGACAGCCACCCCGCCGUCAACGACGUGCUGUGGGCCUGCUCGCUCAGCCACUCGCUCGGCCGCCACGAGCUCUCCGCCAUCGUCCCCCUCAUCAUCCGCAGCAUUCACUGCGCCCCGAUGCUCUCCGACAUCCUGCGCCGCUGGACCCUCUCGGCGCCUGGCCUGGGUCCCCUCGGGGCCCGCCGGGCUGCCAAGCCCCUGGGCGCCGACCGGGCGCCACUGUGCCAGCUCCUGGACGCAGCUGUGGCCGCCUACAUCACCACCAGCCACUCGCGCCUCACGCACAUCAGCCCGCGGCAUUACGGCGACUUCAUUGAGUUCCUGGGCAAGGCCCGGGAGACCUUUCUGCUGGCGCCCGAUGGACACCUUCAGUUCGCCCAAUUCUUGGAGAACCUCAAACAGACCUACAAAGGCAAGAAGAAGCUCAUGCUGUUGGUGCGUGAGCGGUUCGGCUGAGGGACGGUGCCUGGCAUGGGACUCCAUGGGGACCCCUGGGCCCUGCCUCCCUGACUCUGGUGGGCCUGGGCACUGGAGGCCCAGGAGGGGUUCAGUAUUAGCCAGGGAAGGAGUCCUGCUGGACACAGGCAGGAGGUGGCAUCCCGCCUGUGUGCGUGCCUAGGAGUGUGUGAAGGUGUGUAAGGACCCGAGGAGCACAAGCCAUACUGCCACCCAGAAGCCUAGAAGGGGUGUGUGCUCGGGCAGCUGGCAUGACCCCACUGUGGCCCCCCACAAGCAAUAGGCAAGCUCCCUCCUCAAAACUCAAAGCCCUGGCGUGGGCUCCAGGAGAGGGGCCGGAAGGCAGGCCUUCCCAACUGGCACUUGGGCCCACCAGCCUGGCCAGGGGACUGAAUCUCCUCCUACCCUCCUUCCUUCCCCUCUUCCACUGCUCAGGGGCCCCCCUCCCCUGUCCUGUGCCCCCUCCCUGCCCUGCCAGGACCAACGCCCCACUUCCACUGAAGGAUUUCAAGAGGUCUCAGGCCUCAGCCACAUACCUCACCCCCUUG